CGCGUAGCUUCAAAACCCUUCUGCGUCCCUCGCAGUUAUCAGUUUGUUGAGCACCUGUACUCACAGCAGCCUGACGCUCUCGUUUGUGGUGAACAAGCUUCCCCGCCCCCUUGGUGGUUGGCCAUUUUGGGAUUGCGUCUCGGUUAUCUAGUGUUGUGUUGAAAGAAUCCGUCGGUCGCAAUAUUGUGUGUCGGCAACUGGAAGCUAGCAUCUGCCGUUUUCCAUUCCCUUCUCCGUCCUUGUUUUCGGUCGCUGCGUUUGAGAUUGUCUAGGUUUGCGUGUGUGAGUGUUGGAUUCCUGUUCCGUUUUAGGGAGUUGUACAAGUUGUGACACACGCGUGGAAGCUGUGAAUUUAUUUACUGUUGCUUCGAACGAAGUCUUGGAUCCUUUUUGGUUCACGAACCUUUUGGUUUCGAUUCCGACAUUUUCUUCGAUUUAGGUCUGGUGAAAGAUCUGCUAGUCGCAGAAGUAUUUCUUCAUAUUACACCUAUUAUAUCCUCGAGGUGGUGAAUAGCUCGGACACGUUAUUUGAUUCGAGGACGGAGGCUCAUGCAAGUGAGCAAGAAUGAAGUUCGGGAAGACGUACACUGAGUUUAUUGAGAAGGACGUGGUUAGCAACCAAUUGGCAGGGUGCUCUUACGUGGAGUUUAAAAGGUUGAAGAAAGUCCUAAAGAAAUGCCCAGCGCACGACUCUUCCAGCUCCGGCGAUGAGCUUGAUCCCUGCACCCCUUGCUCUUCAAAUUCAUGUUCUGAGGAUCCAGGGACUUGCCCUUCAUCAGGUAGAAAGACUACGUCGUUCUCUCAGACAAAGAAAAAUACACAGAAGGGAUCACCCGCGACACUUUUAAAGACUGCAAUAUGCCCUUCUUCAUGCCCUGGUUGCGACGCAAAGUUUUUCGGUGAAUUGAUGGAGGAGCUGGCCGAAGUGGUUGGUUGCUUCAAUAGUCGCGCAGAGCAGUUGGUCAAGUUGCACCUAGCGACAGGGUUACGAGGGUACAUUUUGCGAGGGAAACGUAACAACCAUGAAGCUAUGAUUCAGGAGGGUCAGCUUCUUAUUAACUACGCCUCAAUGAAUGCGCUCGCUGUUCGAAAAAUAUUGAAAAAAUAUGAUAAGGUUCAUGGAUCCACUGAAGGAGGUCUAUUCAAAAGCCGUUUAAUAACCUUGCGGGGUGAGCUCUUGAAGUCGCCGUAUUUGGUCGAACUGGGAGCGUUGAAUAUUAAUCUUGCGGAUGCUAAAGAGGGUUUUCCGACAGAGAUGGAAUCAGUCGGUGAAUUUUCGUGUGACCUAGAGAGUUCAUCACCGACUCUCACUUGCAAGCUGCAAGCAUCCGCGACCCUGGAGUUCGAUUUGUCAUGCUCCGUAUGCUUGGAGCCACUGUUUGAGCCUGUAGCCUUGGGGUGUGGGCACUUAUUCUGCAACAACUGCGCUUGCACCGCCGCAUCCGUGCUGGGGCACGAGGGCCCCAAAACAGCUGAGUGCGAUGCAAAAUGCCCCCUCUGUCGACAGGCUGGAGUCUAUCCCGACGCGGUCAAACUGAAGGAGCUUGGGGUUUUGAUAAAGAAUAGAUGCCCUGAGUACUGGAAAGAGCGAUCUCAACGAGAACGGGAACAGCAGCUGAAGUUGAAAAAGGAAUUAUACGACCAACACUUGGAAAUGCUUCUAAACAUGCGGAAUUCAAUGCUUCGCUUUGCUUAAGCCUAACCAGAACAGGACUCGAGAAAGUAUAGCGGUGAAGUCAGAACUUGUGCUUCACCCUCAUUCAUUGCAGGCACUACAACCAUGGGCUCGGCUGCACAAUUUUUCAUUUUGUAAUUUUCGCAUCGCAUCUGCGGUGCUGAUGGAUGUCUACAUGGAUGUGAACGCGAAUUAGUUCGUAACAUGUAGAAUUGUGCUUCGUUUCUUAGAAAGUGUACAGGACCCUUUCAUUGGCGAUCUGGAAUGCAGCUAGCAGUUUGUGAUACUUUUUAACGCAAAGGGAUACAAUUGAAGUGUAGUCCAUUGUACGCCAUCUAGCAAUGCUUGCUGCAUUAUGCUCAUCACUUUUAGUACCUACUUUAUGGUCGAUGCCAUUUAUCUUUGCUCA